UAUAUAUUCUCCCAUAUACUUACUUCUUAUUAUAUUACUUUAAUCUUCUUCUCUAACUGCUUGACUCCGGUGAUUAUUACUUAGCUUUCCGGUUGCCACCAUGAAUAACCUAUUACAUAUACUGAACCUUGAUUUCCUUAUUGCACCUUUUUUCCUCGAAGAAUUAGCUGCUUUAACUUAUAAUUAGGGUUUCUUCUUGACUUUUUGGUUGCAGUACUCCAAUAUAACAUAUACGCAGAUUCAUCAGAUUUUAAAGGCUAGCUGUUGGGUGAAGUCACGCCUCUGAUGGGGAGGGGUAGGGUUGAGAUGAAGCGGAUCGAGAACAAGAUUAGUAGGCAGGUCACUUUCUCAAAGAGAAGGUCGGGUUUGUUGAAGAAGACUCACGAGAUCUCCGUCUUGUGUGAUGCUGAUGUUGCUUUGAUUGUUUUCUCUGCCAAAGGCAAGCUCUAUGAGUACUCCACCGAAUCCAGCAUGGAAAGUAUCCUCGAAAGAUACGAAAGUUAUUCAUAUGCUGAGAGGAAGUUGAAUGCAAAUGACUCUGAACCUAAGGAAAACUGGACUCUGGAAUACCCAAAGCUCAUGUCAAGGAUAGAACUUCUGCAAAGAAAUAUAAGGCAUUAUAUGGGAGAGGAUCUGGAUUCCUUCGGUCUGCGGGAGUUUCAUGGUUUAGAGCAACAGCUUGAUACAGCUUUGAAGCGAAUACGAACUAGGAAGAAUCAACUGAUGCAUGAGUCCAUUUCCCAACUGCAGAAAAAGGAAAAAGAGUUGCAAGAGCAAAACCACUUAAUGUCGAAGAAGCUGAAAGGAAAUGAAAAGCAGCAAACUGAGGAUGCGCAGUGGGGGAAACCGAAUCCAGGCCAAAGCUCGACGCCUUUCAUUCUACCUCAAAUUCCAUCACAAUCUCCCCCUCAUGUCCCUAACCUUACAAUUGGAGGUCCUUUUCAAUCAACUGGAUUUACGAGCACGGACGAAGGGCAAACUCGCCAUGGUUCUAAUUCAUUGAUACCUCCAUGGAUGCUUCAUCAUCUCCGGAAUAAAGGGUGAAAACCCCUCCCUCUACAGGAGUAUUUAUGAACAUAAAAUCACAAUUUUACGGCUCUAUUGUACUUGUAAGAUCUACCUGUAUGUUUUAUCUCUUUCAGCUUCAAAAGAAAAUAUUAAUUUCAUAUAGGGACUUAUCUAGUAGUCUUCGUUCCUUUUUCGUCUUGUAGAUGAUAGUAACAUAAGUGGGGGAGUCAAAAUACAACUCUUGUUCCUUUUCAUUUUGUAACAAUAUCUGUGACUUCAUUCCCCUUCCUAUAUGAGAGAUGAAUGCUUGAACUGUUCAAGCUAUUUCAUGAGGUACCUGCAAUUAGAUUACAAAUGUGAUAGUCUAUUGUUUCCUAGCUCAAACAUAGUCUCACAUUCAAUCUCAA